GGUUGCCCAUGCGACUUUCGUCCUCGAACCGUUGACUUUUCUGCGUCGAGUUAUUACGCUAUCGGCGGCUUAUAAGCCUGUGCAAGGCGGUAUUCCCGUCUCGUGCUGCCUUCAUUCCCCCCUCUGGACGGCGUUCUUGCCGGUCGCUGUGCGAACUGGGCCAAGACUCCACGCCUCCUUGGUCUGAAGCACCCAUCGCAGUGCAUCCGAACUCCACAUUAUUUUGAUCGUCAGCAUUUGUACUACGGAGUUAGUUGGAAUACGAAAUAAGGGUUUCGGCGCGCCACGCACCCCUACCUACGAUUUAGCCUUAGAAGCUGUCGCAAAAGAGAACUUCCGGUGAAUUUUCGACGAUUGAUUUUUAGUUUCCUGGAACAACAGUUUCCUCGCCCACGACCUGUCGUUGGUAUCGUUCUCCAUGACUGCUGUGGCAUCACCACCUAGUGUGCAAUCGGGGCCUCGCUUGGGAUGGUACGACUCUGGUAACGGAGGACAAGGAGCUCUGUCUUCAAUGAACGGGGACGAAGUCUCACGCAUGUUUAUGCCACGGAAGACCGUCCAAAGAUCGAAUUCCUCCUCUUCUGUGGGAUCCACCUCGUCCACGUCAACCGUGACCUCAGCUCCGCAGAACACUAAUGCCGGUCAAAUCCACAAUCCUGAAUCAGCCACUUGGUCAAAGAAGCCUUCGCGCAGUCUCUGGCCUAGCUCUAAGUCAGAGCCUGUGUCUGGCGUGAGCAACGCCCGCUCUCAAGCAAUGCCUGCUUUCUCCUCCGGUCCCACUGCCUCGUCUGCCAUGUCUGCCAUCCACCACCAGCCCUCUAUUGUUCCAUCACAACAUAUACUCCAACCCCAACAAAAUGGCGUCCGCGCAGGAAGCGCGCCUUCCGGGGAGCCACCCGCAGUCUUGACGCUGGUGCCGCUCAAUGGUACGUUUGAAAAGAAACAGAUCAAUGUACCCUAUUUUCCAGAGGUCGUUCGGAUUGGCCGGCAAACAAAUGCGAAGACAGUGCCUACACCGGCGAAUGGAUUCUUCGAUUCGAAGGUGCUUUCUCGGCAGCAUGCCGAAGUUUGGGCCGAAAAAGGCGGGAGGAUCUUCAUUCGGGAUGUGAAAUCAUCGAACGGCACUUUCGUGAACGGGAAUCGGUUAUCCCCAGAAAACCGAGAGUCAGACCCUCAUGAGCUCCGCGAAAAUGACCAGCUGGAACUGGGAAUCGAUAUCAUUAGCGAAGAUCAAAAAACAGUUGUGCAUCACAAGGUUUGUUGCAAAGUGGAGUAUGCUGGAGUUUUUGGUACGAUGCCAAAUAUUCUCGAUCUCACGCUUGGAGAUCUGGACCCUGCCUCGGGAGGGGGCCUUUUACCCUCUCCUCUUAGUCAGCCUCUAUCGCAUAUGCGAGGGCGCUCCGGGAGCUCCCUGAGCAACCGGAGUGUACAGAGCGCAGCUAGCAGCCAGUUCAGUGCGCUACAGCAGCAGCGCCAGAUGAACUAUUGGAAUUCCCCCAUAUCUAUUGAACAAGUCGUCAAAAGACUUACGAGCGAAAUGAAACAGGCAAAACAGCAGUCACAAGAUUUGCGCCAAACAGAUGACUUUUUGACCAAUCUCACGAAGUCGGGACACUUUGAAAAGGAGCGUGUUAAAAACUCCCCUGCGGACAGCACUUCCUCUCGCCAAGUGAACGGAAGGCCAAAGAUGCCCCGCAUAGAUUCGUUCUCACGCUUCUCUGACCCUCCGGCUCCACCUCCGCAACAACCCUUACCAGAAAAGCCCGAUGCCUUACCACGGAAUGGCAUAGACGCCAACUCACCUAUAAAACGGUCAGAUACAGAGAAGCCGAAGCUUGGAUCCACAGGCUCGCCCGUUUCUCGUGAAUCCAGUCAGAUAUUAUCCCUGAUUGAAGCCUUGUCAUCGGCUAAGAGAGAGCUCGAUAGCCAAGGUGCUCGAGUAAAAGAGCUAGAGAACCUCCUGCUUCAUGAACGGACUGCGCGGGAAUCCGCGGAGGAGAGGGCUAGAAACCUCGAGAUGCUGGCCAAGGACAACGAAAUCCCUCCAAACCAGGUUAGCCCUGUAUUACAUCCCGACAAUACUCUGGAGGCUUCUGCCAAAGAGCCAGCCCCUGAAGAGACGCUGGAUAAUGGUGUAUCGAGCGAUCCAAGCUCGAGCGAUUCUAUCGCGGAGGACAAAUCGACGAGUGUUGUCAAUGAUGAAUUGCAACAUCGAUUGGAAAUAAUGAUGGAGGAGAUGGAGGAAAUGAGAAAGCAAAUCACCACGUUCAGAGACCGCGCGGAGAAGGCAGAGAGUGAGACAACCGAAACUAGAAGAUCCCUAGCCGAGAUGAUAGAGACCUUGAGGCGGGAGCGAGAAGAACGUUCUGAGGCAAACAACGAAUCCAAGAGCCAAGCACAGGAUGAUAUCGAUCUUUCUAGCCCUUCUAGCAGAGACGAGGCCAAGGACCUCCAAGAUACAGACACUGGAGCCCAAUCAAAUGGCACUGUGACAUCGACUCUACCCGAAGAGGUUGACAACUCUAGUACGACGUUUGCGACGAAACCUCGCAAACAUGUUGUCUUGGAGCACUCUAGUCCAUACGCCUCGAUGCUUGGGGUCGUCCUUCUAGGAGUAGGGCUAAUGGCCUAUCUGAAUGGAUGGCAGAAAAUGGACAAAUGAUUGUCCUCCUUGUAUUUGUUUCUAUGCAAUGGCUUCGACCUUGCUAGACAAAAGAACUUACCGAGUUUGACUCUUGGAUCCUUUACACUCUUUGAACCGUUCACUUUUCCUAAUCUUUCACUUCACGUUGAUUU